CUUGACACUCUGCUAGGUCUAUCACUCUUUCUUGUACACUACAACCGCUCACAGUAGCCCCUCUGUUUAGAUCAGAAACCCAAGAAUCUUAUCGUGUGUGCGCCUUCCUUGUUUCUCAUACUUCUCAGAAAUCAGAGCUUCACAAUGUCACCAGAUCGUUCAACUUUACAGCAAAACUUCCAUACCACCAGAUGGAACAGCGAGUUACAAAAACACCUUGCUGGGGAUAUUGCUGCCGGUGUAAUAUCAGCUACAUUCAUCUCCCCAAUUGUUACGAUCAUUGACCGGACGAUUGUUGAAAGACUCGCAUUGAACCGACCACUAUUGCGAACACUGGGUGUCAACGCAGUCUGCUCCAUCUUUCAACCUCGAAAAUUCUACGUCUCAAAGCCGUUUUUCAUUGUCUGGUCACUAUACGCAGCUACCUAUUGCACCGCAAAUAUCACGGAUACCUGCAUCCACCAUCUUCCCUCCCUCACCGACAAGAAAUCGACGGCGAAUCUCGCCGCGACGCUAAGCUUCUUGCCCACAUAUGUCGUGAAUGUAUAUCUGGGGAUCAUGAAGGAUGUCAACUUUGCUCAGUAUUAUGGUCGUUCGAGUACCGCCGUUGCAGUCGGUGCUCGCGUCCCACGAGCAGCAUAUAUGUCCCUGUUGUUCCGGGACAGUGUCACCAUCUUCAGCUCAUUUAACCUGGCGCCAUGGAUGGCCUCAUCCGUCCCGGAUUGGGUUGCGACCGGGCCGCACACCAAGGCCAUGAUCACUCAGCUAGUUCUGCCUGCUGCCGUUCAGUUUGCCAACACUCCACUACACCUCUUCGGGUUGGACCUGAUCGCCCGACCCCAGAGCCAAGGAUUGGUGGAGAGGUGGAGUCGGGUCCGACGGGAUUGGGCUUCUUCAUCAACCGUCAGGGCUGCAAGGGUCCUGCCGGCCUUUGGAGUAGGCUGCAUAAUGAAUACCGAGCUACGAGACCUGGUGCACCACAGUUAG